AUUCGUUUUACACCCGCGUGAACCGCACCUCUUCCUCGAAUUCGAUCGUAGAUUUGUCUGGAAUUACGAUUUAUCGCCACGUUCCAAACAUUGAUGUCUCUGCAAAGGAUGAUUAUAAAGACGUAUGAUACGAGAGUGAGUAUUUUUCUCGUGAGAUGCCGGAGACGGAAUACUGAUUUAUUUGAAGAUGGUGAGAGAUUGCCGGUUACAACCGAAGAGAUAAACAGCGAUAAGAUAGAACAUAUCAUUUGUCAAAUGAGACGUUGUCCUGUUCUCUGCGUACACGUUUUGCCUCUGACAAUCUUGCUACGUGCUUUGAAAUGUAUUUUCAAUGCAUUCACUACUGAACGUGUUGAAAUGUAUACUUGUAGAUACAGGAACAACCAAGAAUGUUACAACAUCGAGCAUCAGAUUUUGAUUAAAUGAAAAGAUCCAAAAUUCUAAUAUGGAAAAAACACUUACUAUUGAAAACUCGAUUGUAUCCGUUACGAUUUUUCUUCUAAAUGAAAAAGAUGAAUAAACAAACUGUUAUCCCUUUGGCAGCGCGUAAGUACUUGUGCCGUAACGUGUACCGUAUUCAACCGGAUGUCAUGAUGUGGUUUGCCUUAUUGUAAGGUAUAUUAACGUUCAUGCGGACGUUGCUACCAAAUCGGACGAGCGACGUUAACCGAGCCGAAUUAUGCGACAGCAUGCAGCUGCAACAUGAACUAGCUAUACUAAAGAAUUAUCUUGCGUCUACAAACGCUAUGUAUAUUAUAUGUAUAUUUGGUGAA